AUGGGUCCGUACCCGCGGACGCAGCGGGGUAAGACGACGAUUUUGGUAGUAACAGACUGCUACAGUCGCUGGGUAGAGGCCUACCCUUUAGGAAAGGCGACGACCAAAGCGAUUGUGGAUACAUUCGAACGGGAGUUGUUCCCACGGUUCGGAUACCCGAGGGCAUUAUUGUCAGAUAAUGGCCCGCAGUUCGUGUCCAAGGCAAUGGGAGAGGCACUCAAGAAGUGGGGAGUGGAAGGUUGGACGACUCCAAUAUACCACCCACUUGUCAACCCGGUAGAAAGGCAGAAUCAAGAGUUGAAGAAAGGGUUACGAACCUUACUUGUUGAUAAGCCUCAUCAUCUGUGGGAUGUCUAUCUGCCACACGUGUUGUUCUCCGUAAGAAACAACAAAGAAAACGAAACACCGGACAGUCGCCGGCCAAAUGAUGUUUGGUCGGGAGAUCAAGGUCCCCGGAGACUGGCAGCUUGA